UUUAUUUUUCUACAGUUUUUGCCAAGGCUGUUAAGAUACAUUCUUACAUUAGUCAGAGGCCAUUAUUGUUGAACAUGAUGAGGAGAUACACAAACCAAAGAAAUUUGGUGAAACCAGCUAAGACAAGAUUUGUAACCGCUGUCAUGACUUUGCAAACUUUUUACUUGCAAAAGAAAAACUUGAGAACCUUGUUCAUGUCAACUGAAUAGAGUGAGAGUAUCUAUGCAAAGGAAGCUCUUGGGAAAGAAGUUGUGAGACAUAUUGUUGGUCCAUAUUUUUGGAAUGACUGUGUUCAAGCACUUAAAGUUGGUAAUCCUUUGGUUACUGUACUUCGUUUGGUGGAUGGGGAGAAACAACCACCAAUGGGCUACAUUUAUGAGGCCAUGGAUAGGGCCAAAGAAGCUAUUGAAAAGGCAUUUGAAAAAGAUAAGAGGAAAUAUGGGAAAGUUUUUUAAAGUGUUGAUAAAAGGUGGAUGGAUCAACUUAAUCAACCUUUGCAUGCAGCCGCGCAUGUUUUGAACCUCGGGUUCUUUUAUGUUAAAAAUGAGAAGAAGACUUUAGAUAGCAAAGUGUGGGCAGGAUAUCAUGCAUGUAUUACGAGGAUGGUGCCAGAUGAUGUCUUGCAAGACCAAAUAGGGGAGGAGCUUGGUAAGUACAUGGCAGCAGAUGAAACACUAGGAUUACUUCAAGCUGUUAGAGCCAGAACCAAAUUGUCACCACUUAAUUGGUGGAUGCAAUUUGGUCAUGGAGUUCCAAACUUGAAAGAAUUUGCUUUUAGAAUUCAAACUUUAACUUGUAGCUCAUCCGGAUGCGAGAGGAAUUGGAGUGUGUAUGAACAGGUGAAAAGCUAUAUUACAUUAUUAGUAAACUAAAGUGUAUCUCAAUUGUCCUAAGUACUCCUCUCAAUUACUUUCUACAACUAUG